AUGGAGUCUGUGAAAUCCUCGGUGGUAAAAGCGAGGUACACCCUGCUCGGUGAGGCUCUGAGAUACGUGAUCCCCGGUCACAUGAUCUGCUCUGUGGGCUGUGGCGGCCGAGCCUGCAAGUACGAGGAUCCGUCACGCUGGAGUGAAGCUGACCAGGCCAUCAGAGGCCUUUACUCCACCUGGAUCACGGACGAGCUGCUGGCGAUGGCGAGACCCUCCACAGAGAUCCUGGAGAAGUACCAGGUGAUCGAUCAGUUCCACAGGUGCGGUGUGAGGUCACUCAUGAACCUGCAGCAGCGCGGUGAGCACGCCGACUGUGGGAAUGCGCUGGUGCCUGAGAGCGGCUUCACCUACCGACCCGAGAGCUUCAUGGAGGCGGGAAUUUACUUCUACAACUUCGAGUGGAACGACUACGGCGUGGCCCCUCUAACCACCAUCCUGGACAUGGUGAAGGUCAUGUGCUUCGCCCUGCAGGAGGGUAAAAUGGCCGUUCACUGUCACGCAGGGCUGGGAAGAACAGGUGUGCUACUCGCCUGUUUUUUGGUCUACACGUCGCGAAUGACGGCAGACGAGGCUAUUUCCUUCGUCCGAUCUAAGCGGCCGAGAUCCAUCCAGACUCGGAGACAGCUGGUGUGCGUCCGGCGGUUCGCCGAGUUCCUGCAGCCCCUCAGGAGCGUGUUCUCCGGCGCAGAUCCGGUCACGCUCUCUCAGUUCCUGAUCCGGCAGAAACGCCUCCUGCACGGUCACGAGGCUCGGAGGCUGAGGUGCACGCCCAAACUCGUCACCAUCAUCUGCAGACUCCUGGUGGACAUCGCAGAGAACCGGCAGGUCAUCGAGGAGGACGUCCUGGAGGUUCAAGACGUCACGUCCGACGAUGAGAGCUCGGUGUCGUACAGCACCAGGCCGCGCCUCGACACGAACAGCAACAUCAUGAUGGGAGGCGUCGCGUUUAAUCUGCCUAGACUUCCUGGUCCGUCCACGACUUCUAGGAAUGACUCCCAGCAGCCACUUCACUACGCCCGCAAGAGCUUCAGUUACAGCGACUCGGACCUGCGCCGGCUGGCCGACACCCUGAACCUCUGUGGAAACCCAGCGGACGCUUCGUCCCGCUGUAACUCCGGUGAUGCCGGCAGGAGGAUUGGCCCUCACGGGACGCUGAAGGAUUUAGCCAGCUACACUUCCUGCAGUAGUUUGUGGGACCUGAAGACAGGCGUGGCGCAGGAGGACGGACUUCCUGUCCCGCCCUCCCGGCGCCAGUCCGUCCUGCAGCGCAGCCAGUCUCUCGGCGUCUCCACACGGACGGAGAGCAGGAGGAGCUUCUCCACCCUGCUGGCGUGGCUGAAACAUACCGAGCGAGAGGGCGACUGUGAGGGGAAUACGAGCGCCAAGGACAGUUCUGAGACAAAGCACGACGAUGAGGAGCGCUCGUCAGAGGUGCCCAUCAUCACCAUCCAGUCGGAGCUGACCCUGGAGGCGCGGCGCCUGCUGGUGGCUCAGUCGCUGGCGGUGGAUCUGAGCAAGGACGGAAAAGACGAGCACGUUCAGAAGGUCUCUGAUUGGCAGACGAACCUGAACCAUCAGGGAGCGUUUGAAGCCCUGUGUCUGGAGAAAGACCCGUUCGUCCUGGCUGGAAUCCUGUGGUCCUGGUUCGAGCAGCUGAAGGAACCCGUCCUCUCGAUCACAGACGUUCAGACGCUGAUCCAGCCGAACCCGGAGCCCAAGACUCUGCUUAAUCCACUGGAACGGGCUCAGAGAGAAACGCUGGUGUGCAUCCUGGACUGUUUCGCUCAUCUGCUGGUGAUACCUGAGGAGGUGGAGGCGGCUUUCAUGGAGCGUUUAAUAAAGGCCUUUACCAGAAUGGAGAACGUGGGUGACGGUCGUGACGUUUACCAGAACAUGACAGGCGUGUUGACGCGUGUUUUACGGGACAUGAGGAGAAACGCCAUGGACGAGCUGGACACUCUGCCCUAAUGGAAGAGCUACAAUACAAACCAUCACGUGCCAUUAUCAGAGUUUCAUACAGAGCAGGAAAACGUUUAUAUUUAUUUUCAUAUUUCUUCCUGUAUGUACUGUAACUGUAAUAAA